AUGGAGUCAAGUGCAGAGGCCACGCCUACACCAACUGCCGCAGCAGCGGCGCCUGCGUUCAACACUGCGCCAGUUGCGGUUUUCUGGCUUGCUUGGGGUGGAUUUUGGACAGUGCUUUUGCUCUGCGGUAUGGCAUUUCUCUUUGUCAACCGCAAAAUGCCUUUUCUAAGGAUCCGCGGUCUGGCUUUGUCGUUUGGCGCUGUCACUAUGCUCCACCUUUACUGGCUUUCGGUGCAGAUCGGGCUUGCCAUCGGCCAGUUCGUCCCCGAUGGCGCCGAGUUUUGGGUGAUGGGCCUCUACCUCCCCUUCGGCAUUGCUCUUUUCCACGCUUCCAACAGCCGGUUCCUCCACAUCGCCAAGGCGCAGCGGAAAUAUGCAGAUAAGCCACUCACACAGUCCAACUCACAGUUGGACACCAGCAACGGACCGGACAAGACUCUGACGGGGAAGUUCCGGAAGCUCGAUUACACCACCAAGAUGCUAGCCGUCGUGUGCACGGGCAUGCUUGUGCAACUUCUUCUAACAGUGGUUAUGUAUCUCGUCUCACGCAAAUACCACCCGUCGUUUGGUGUCCCUGGCACUGAAGUGACGGGGACUCCAGCGCAGCAAAAAGUUGAGAUGGGUAGAGGAUGGGAAUGGUGGCCUUCUGUAUUUUGGCAAUUCCUUUGGGCUUGGCUGGUCGCACCUGUGAUUCUCUGGAAAUCACGUGGAAUCCAGGACACACAAGGGUGGCGUCUGCAGACCAUUGCAUGCUCUAUCGCAAGCCUUCACGCUACCCCUAUGUGGCUUGUCGCCUUGUACGUCCCAGCGAUGGCGCCCGUCAAUGCCUACUUUAUCCCCCCGCAGUGGACUCUCAGACAGGAAACCCUCGAGUCCAUCGCUGUUUGGGAAGCCAAGAACAAGGCACGCGCCGGGAGAGACUCCGUCAUCACCGGAUCGACAAAGGUCGGCAGCCAAGCUUCCGUCACUUGGAAAUCGCUUGCACAGCUCGAAAAGGACACCAGUCAAGCAGAAAGUGUCUACACGAUGGGUGCCCUCGAGUACGUCUUGGACAAGAACCCCGAGCCCCUCCGCAAGUUCUCUGCCCUCAGAGACUUCUCCGGCGAGAACAUUGCCUUUCUGUCGGCCGUUGCCGAAUGGAAGUCAUCAAUCCCUCAGAGCCCCGGGUCAUCACAUCGAUCAGUCGAGAUCUCACGGGAACGUUUCAACCGUGCCCUGCGCAUCUACACCGAGUUCAUCAGCCCUUACCACGCCGAGUUCCAGAUCAACAUCGCAUCACAGGACUUGAAGCGGUUAGAAGGCGUCUUCGAAGGCGCAGCCAGAAUACUAUACGGCGACCGAACGGAACGCUUUAGCGACCCUGUGGUGCCAUUCGAGGAUAAUAGCUGGGGUGGACCUGAGUCAACAGCGGGUGGCUCUGAGAUGAGUUGCGUAUCACGAGAUGGCAGCGGUGACCCCAUUGCGGACCGGGUGCAGUACUGGGGCGAGAUCCCCGAGGCUUUCAACGCUGCUGUCUUUGACGAUGCGGAGUCGAGCAUCAAGUACCUUGUUCUCACCAAUACUUGGCCUAAGUUCGUCAAGGAGAGGAGGUACUCGCUAGACUCCGAGGACUCUGGGGAGACAGUUGAGACAUUCCAGUCAUCGUCAACAUUGUCGUCACGGGUCAAGAAGUACUUCCGCACCAUGAAGAUCGUGGUAUGA